AUGGUUCAAACAUGCAGUAAUACUCCUCGAGGAUCAAAUGCUAUGCCUUUGCCCGAGUUCACCAAUGAUACUGUACAUCUCUCAAACGGGUACACCUAUCACGAUUCAUUCACUUCCCUAAUUGGAUUGGGAUCUUUCGGAGUAGUUUACAAGGGCUUCAAUGAAGAAGAAAAUAAACAAGUGGCAAUCAAAAAAAUGUCAAGGGUGCAUGUGAAGGAAAACGAGCUUAAAGUGAUUAGAUCUUUAAAAAGCGCAUAUUUAGUUGGCGUAUUGGAUAUCUGUAUGUUAGAUGACGCCACAUGCUGUCUUAUAAUGGAGUUCUGCGAUGGCGACCUUGAGUUCCACAUAAAAAACAAUUCGAACGAUGGACGUCUCAACGAUGCAAACCUUCGACUUCUCAUCGAUAAUAUUGCUCGUGGUUACAAGGAUCUAUACGAUUUGAAAAUUGUCCAUCGCGACAUCAAACCCCAGAAUAUCCUCAUUAACUACGUUGGAAAAAGCAAACAACUUUUGUCUGCAAAGAUUACAGACUUCGGCAUUGCUCGGACCAUAGAUACCGAAGCACCUGACCUCUGUAAUGUUGCUGGCACCUUAUUUUACAUGGCCCCAGAAGUAGGAGCAAAUUUGCUAAAAACCUGCCAAUACGAUUCGAAAGUUGAUAUGUGGAGCAUAGGAUGCCUUUUAUACCAGUGUGUCACUGGAGAGGUAGGAUAA